AUUAUUGUUUGAUUUUAUCUGAAAACCUUUUCUAAUCAAGUUUAUUUGGUUUAAGGAUCAUUUUGCUCCUGAGAUGUGGGAAAAACCUCGUGUGGAUGGCAAAAGAGUGUUGAAGUGUAAUGCUGUUCCUACAAUUUUUGCUUCUUCCUCUACACAGCCAAGAAGCCAAAGAAAACCUGUUUCUCAAAAAAAGUCCCACUUUUUACAUGAUGCAGUGUUGGCUUCGUCAGCAGGACCAUCUACAUCAAGUUUACAUUUGCCUCAGCAGGAGCCCAAGUCUUUGCCAGAAGUUUCAGAUAAGUCAUCUACAUCAAAAGUAGAUUCAGGUGUACAUCCGCCAGCUAGCCAGAAGACAUCCAAUUCAAAAUGCACUUCAUGUAAUAAAAAUUUACCGGAAAUACUAAAAAAGUACAGACUGUUAUAUUUGAGGGAGAGAAGAAAAGUAGCACAGUACAAAAAGCUACUACAAAUACAACAUGAGAAACAGACUAUAAAGAAUGAAUAA